UACACGUCUUGCCUACAAUGGUCCGGUCCGUCUUCUUUAACUCCCCCCUUCGGUUUAGGACGUUGGUACAUUCGACCAGCGCGGGAACGUUUUGUAUCCGCAAUGGCGUCCAAAACAGGUCGUCGAGGCACCAAACGCAAAGCGGAGGUCCAGGCUGAGGAGGAGAGAGCUUCCGUGGAGGAGAAAAAGAACCGAGAGGAGAGGGAGGACGGAGAGACCGGUCAGAGAGUGGUGAUUGAACACUGUAAAAGCUGACGAGUGUAUGGGCGUAAUGCUGAGGAGGUGAAAUCUGCUCUCCUGGCUGCCCACCCUGGACUGAGUGUGGUCCUCAACCCUGAGAAACCACGCAGGAACAGCUUCGAGAUCACUCUGCUGGAUGGAGGCAAGAAAACAUUUCUGUGGACUGGAAUAAAGAAGGGGCCACCUCGUAAGCUGAAGUUUCCUCAGCCUGAUGUUGUAGUUGCUGCUCUGCAAGAGGCUCUAAAAACUGACUAGGCACCAUGUGAAGCAAAAAGCUCAGGGGACGUGGCUUAUGGACGCAGAAUGACGAGGAGUGAUCAAGGAGUUCUUCUCAAUCGCUCUUCUGAUGAUCAAAGCUCCAUCAGCGCUAACCUCUAUGCAGAUGGUGACACCUAGUGGAGUGUUACAGAGCAAACAAUUCUGUCUUGCGAUCUCAGUCUCUUUUCUUUCUGAACGGUUAUAGUAAUGUUUUUCUUGAAUAAAGUAUUGUUGAAA